AUGUCCGCACUCGAGCCUACAGUACUAUGCACCACCUGCACUGGCAUCUUCACCGGCAGGUGGGACACCCAGCUGAGGGGAUGGAAGAGAGACAGCCGCAAGCCGAUAACUCCAUUCAACCAAGAACCGGCUUUUGGGACAGCUUACGAGCACGGCAUGGAGCCGUACGUCCAUGCACAGGCUGCCACUGCGACGCUGUCGUAUCCCCACCAUACCGUCGCUGAGCUGCGGGUGUCUGCGGCCAACUGCCCGCUGUGUAGGAUCGUCGAGCUGUUCUUUGACGCACCAGACGGGCUAGACAACGCCCUCACCGACUACAUGGACGGCCGAAAGCCGGUGGGAAAGGACCGAUGGAAUGACGAAGAAAUCGAAUCAGCCAAGGGAUAUGUGUUCAUGUAUACGGAGAGAGGCAAACAGAGCAAGUUGAUCUUUCGGUAUCAUGUACACGAGCACUGGGAAGCCACCAGACACAAGGAUGUUAACCGCACCAUUGGGGAGCGGGAGGGCAAUCUAAAGGACGUGAAGUUGGAAAUGUAUGACCUGGCAGACGACAAGAACAAGUGCCUCGUGGAUUGGACCACCAAAGGAACUACGCUUGAGAGAAUAUCCAAGUGGCUCGAAGAGGAUGUCGAUUUGGAGAAACAUUUACCUCAGCACCAUCCAAGGCAACUGCCCACGCGCCUUCUUCAUCUGACCAAGGGCGCAUCGGAUCCGAGCGUGCAGCUGGUUAACUCCAAGGACACUGCCAUGGACGUGAAUACGCGAUAUAUCGCGCUCAGUCAUAGCUGGGGGAAGUCCAUGCCUAUCACACUGAUUGAAAGUCGCCUUGCCGAAUUCUCCACCAUGGGCAUUGCAUUUGGGGACCUACCACGGACCUUCCAAGAUGCAGCGAAACUUGCUCUUGAUCUCGGCUACGAGUAUAUCUGGAUAGACUCACUCUGUAUCAUCCAGGACUCUCCUUCGGACUGGCUGCACGAGGCUCAGAGGAUGGCAACUGUGUACACAUUUAGCCACCUCACCAUUGCGGCUUCAGCCUCGACCAGCACUACGACUGGGCUUUCCCCUGUCAACCCCAGACCUCGGACAGUAAUUGUUCGUCCAACCUGGCUCGGUAUGAUUAAUGGAUUCGGAGUGAAUCCACAGCAGACACUGAGAAUUGACGAUGGAUUGUUUACUCGGUUCUUCCACGCCAUAACCACAGCGCCCCUAAACUCACGAGGCUGGACAUACCAGGAAUACGCACUAUCGCCGCGGGUCCUGCACUGUGCGGAGGGUGAAUGGUGGUGGGAUAGCAUCUCUUCUCCAGGCAUUCACCGCGAAUCUUCGACGGAGCCACAGCGCUGGUAUACUGGCCCUAUAUCCAUUUCCUGGCCAGAUAGUCGCAGUUUAUACGACGUGAAGCCGCGGACUCAUCCGCCUAUCCAGGGAGCAUUGAUUUGGGACCGUUUUGUAAGCCAAUACAACCAACGAGCGCUUACCAAGAGGCGAGACAAGAUGGUCGCGUUUGGCGCAGUGACAGAGAUAUUUGGAAGGGUGUACAAUCUACCGGUUGGAGAGCAGAAUGAGUACGUUGCUGGGUUAUGGAAGAGCUAUUUGCCGCUUGGUUUGCAAUGGACUGUGGCGGAGCGAGCAGAGCGUUACACCAUUCAGCCCGGUGAAGAGGACGAGAAAUACGUCAUUCCCUCAUGGUCAUGGGCGUCUGUCAAUGGGCUUGUUCGUUUUAGCGACAGGAAAGUCUUGAAAAAUGAACGAGCAAAGAUGAUUGAGGGAAUGCCAAAAGUCGUGGACGUCGUUGUCACCACCGAAGGCGGCCCGUUUGGUCCAGUCCUGGGAGGCUUCAUCGUACUUCACGGCCCCUUGUUCCGGAUUCGCGUGAACAAAGAGACGAGAACGAUCCAAAAUGGCGCUUGGUUCCGUGGCUUUAAGUUUCUGACGACCGACGACUCAGUCGUGGAGACCAGUAUGGGGCAGUCGUUGUGCCUAGAUAGUUGGGUUGGGGCGGUUGAGACCUGGGCAACUGACCGAAACAUGUAUUGCGCCAUCGUGGAUGAGGACUUAGAGAGCGGUUCGGAUGUAUUUGCGGUCUUGAUGGAGAGAGUUGAGGGACAAGAACGGGGUCUCUACAAAAGGAUUGGCUCAACCAUCGUGGACCGUAGCAGCUCUGGGAUUCUUGAAAAAGCUACAGAGGGCGACAGAAAGGUUUUGAAGGAAGAGGAGUAUAUGGACAUGGAUGAGAAAACAGGGCAUUGCACCUACAAGAUUGUUUAG